CGAAACUCAGAAACACAAGGGUUUUAUUACUACAGUGUUAAGGUUCCCAUUACAUUUACAGCAGCAGCAAAACAGAACAAAAACCCAUCGAAACAUGUCAAAUCGCCAAGACGACCUCGACCUCCUUCUCUCUCUUCAAGACCGCGUUCUGGAAACUCCUCCCGCUUCACCUCGGUAUUGUUCCGAUGACGAUGACGAAUCUCCGAGUCGAAGGAGAGCAGAGCAAGCGGACAUGUCCGUCUUUAGGGAUGCUGUUCUUGACUGCCUCGAUUACCAGCCCAGCGCCGCCGAAAUCUCUGCCAAAUCCAAGCGGACUAAGCCCACAAAUGAACCUCUGGUCGAGAAAUUUUCCGGUUUGCGAAUCAGAAAUCAGUUGGUUACUUCUGCAGAGCUUGGAGAACGUUUAUCGGACAUUCGUUUCGUCCGAUUAUCAGCCAUAAAGAAUUUGUUGGUUGGAGAUACACUUUCUGGGUGUUGGGCAACGGUUGGAGUGUUGACCGAGAAAGGGAUUCCGAGGACUAGUUCCACGGGGAAAGGCUAUUGUAUAUGGAAAAUUGCGUGUUUGGAUGAGGCCACCAUGUCCUUGUUCUUGUUCGGAGAUGCCUAUAAGAAAUUCUGCGACGAGCCAGCAGGGACAGCGUUCGCUUUUUUCGAUUGCAGGGUUCGCAAAGACUCUAUGGGUCCUGGGUUCUCUCUGAGUCUGUUUUCACCUAAACAAGUGUUGAAGAUAGGUACUUCAGUUGAUUAUGGGAUUUGCAAUGGUAAAAGGAAGGAUGGAGUGGUUUGUACAGCAGUCAUAAACAAACGUUCUGGUAUUUAUUGUAAAUAUCAUAAAUUGACAGAAUCUCAGAAAUAUACCACUAUGCGAACUGAGCUCAAGGGAGGGAACCUCAGAACGGCUUUUAGAAAUCGUCGCAUGUCUGAAGGCAUUUACAUGGUUGAUCCUUUGGCUGACAAAAAACACUUGAAGAACUCCAAGCAACCUGUGAAACUAUUGUCCGUGGAAGGACUAAAAAAGGCAUUGAGUAAUGGAGUUAAAGUGACAACAAAUAAGCACUCGCAAGGAUUAAGAUUUCUCGCUGAGAUCACAGGGAAAACAGGAACCAAAAAUAUCGAGGAAUCAACAAUGCAAAAGCAACAAAGCACUAGCUUGGAUAAGAGGAAAUCAUCUAGUCUGAACAAAGAUUCAUCUGAAGUUAUCAGAAACCAACAACUAAACACAAAAAGAAAUAAAACUGAAAAGGAGCAAACUUUGGCAGACAAAACCAAGCAGGGAACAGGAAAAAUGAUUGAAUUAGAUUAUGUUAGUUCAGAUGAAGGAUUUUGAAGCCUUUUAAGCACUUGUCCUAGUUGUCUUGUAAUACGACAAGAUAAUAAGAGAUCUCUUCAUGAUAUGCAAAAAUCUGGAAUUGGAAAUAUCAUUGGAUGACCCCACUUAUAUAACUUCCAAGGACUCGAUGGAAUCAGGUGAUUUUCCUCACUAAUAGGAUUGUAGUGAUGUGCCAAAGUUUGUCCCACAAUACGGUACAAAUUAAUGGAAUUCAAGUGGGUCUAUAGCUGUGCUUUAGUUCCAAAAAAAAAAAAAAAAAAAAUGGUUGCAGGGCAAGAUUCAAAUCGAUUUAUAUUAUUGUUGUGGAAAACGUAAUGCAUUGUGAUGUUAGACGAAUUUAAAGUUUUAGUUGACUUGAACGUCAAUUGACAUUGACAUUCUUUGUUAUGCGCGUUACUAUUGCUUUAUUUAUUUCUUUAUUUUGA